CCCAGAUUUCGUCCUGGAGUCCUUCCAACCGUCGCUGUUAUGUUUCUUUUCUAACAUAUUAUUAUUUACAUAGAUGCCCUCGAACCCGUUAGCUUUAAUGCUGGUGAGAUUAUUAACAUGAGUUUAAUUCAAUUUAGUUUCACUAUUAUCAUAAAUGAAAGGCGAAUUAUUACAUUUGAAGAUAAAGAAAAUAGGGACCUCAUUCUUAGGGGUUGUGAUUCACAGGUACCUAUCCUGUUGAAGUCAACCUUGGGACUCACUGAGAGUCACACUUCCAUGUUCUACGAACCAAUUUUGAAAUGUUGAAUAACUUCGUAGGUUAACCGUUAGGGGGCUGAGUUGAUUACCUAGUACCUGCAUUAGGUAGACAGGUACCUAAAUACCACCUGGGCAAUUAAUCGUUAAUGGAAGCCACCAAAAAGAUCCACAAAUCUCAACCUGGAAAUCUUCCAAGAUUCUAGCCCAAGAUACCCUCGGUAGACUCAGAAACAACGCAAUUCCCUUACAUAAAUAAAAGGGGCCAUAAACGGGCAAAAGUAGGCACCUAUUUAACCUAGGUACCGUUGCCUAAUCUAAUCGCACCCCCAAUAUCGCGACUAUGAAUCCAGGAGACGAUUUACCACCGGCGUACAGCCGUUUUCCGGAAAAGGAGCAAUCAGCAGGCUCCCGCAGGUCCGAUGUGAGGACAGACACCACGCCAAACUCGCCGCUAUCACCUCACGCAGCUCGGCCGCAGACAAGUUUCCCAUCCCCACCAGCAUCCGCAACGCCGCACCGCUUCCCCGUAUCUUGGACAUUGUACAAGCAACAUGGCAGCCCGGUGAAAGGAGUAUACUACAUUGCAGCGAACGAUGACAACCGAGGACAGGCACUCUUUGCCAUUUCACAGACCCCAAACCCCUCAGCGGGGCAGCCAAACCUGACGCUACACAAUGGUCCUAGCGUCGACGAUGCGACGCUCGCGACAGGGGAGCGACACAAGACAUUCACCGGUGGUAUUCAUUCGGUAAUCACUUUGCCUGGCUCUGGCAGCGGUAUCUCCCCAGAAGAGCCCCUGCGCACAAUAGUCAGCUGGCCGCACAUCUCAUACGCUUUCGAUGUCGACGUGGGCACGGCGAAUCCUGAGAACCUCGGGAGGCUUCGGCGCGAAACUUUCGAAUGGCGACAUAGUGCCGGGUCAGCUGUGGGGCACCUUGGUGCAGCAACAUCGGGGUGGAAGCUGACGAGGAUGUCGACUGAACCGGCGCCCGGCGUCGGUGGUGAUUGGCCGUUUACAGGCGGCGGGGAAUUUUCGAGUGAUGGGAGGGAGAUCGUUGCUGUAUGGGCAAAUUCGGUACGGAGUUUAGGACAAGAUGCGGUUAUGAAGUUUAGAUUUCUAGGCACAGGAGCCAGCGGAGUUCUUGGUGAGCGGUGGGCAACUAUGGCUGUCCUGUCCGCGUUAAGGAUGUGGCAACAAGGAGAGAUGGCGAAACGGUAGCUGAGUUGCACUACACAAGUACCCUAACCUAGCUCUUACCUUUAACAAAAUGUUCCAAUGUUA